AUGAUUGGAGAAGGUCGGGAGCCUUGGGCUACUUACAUCGACCUGCUCGUGGGGGAGAUCAACAAAGCUGCAGGUGCCACGGAUCGACCGCUGAUUCUCUUCGGCCACUCCCGAGGGGCGGCGCCCGCCACCUGCGUCGCAUAUCGCCUGGGUACGCGCGUGAAGAAGGUCUACAUCGUUGCCUGUGGCGCUAUGAAGGCUCAGGAGCCAACUGGCUGGGAGCUCCUGAGCCAAAGAUUCAAAGAAGGAGGAGACCGAGACCUUCUGAAAUGGUUCUCGAGUAUUCAGCCGGAUAACUUGCUGCUUCGCCGCACGGCCUUUGAGGCAUCGCUCAGAGAAUUUGAGGAGCAGAUUACUUCGAGCAAAAUGAUGUCUGACAUGCUGCAUGUGAUGCGGACACAGUACCGCGACGCCAUGUUUCCAGACCCCGACAGGGACUUCGGCUGCAUGCCGGUGCCGAUCAUGGCCGUCUCACCUCUGCAAGACGAAGCCUGCCAGCCGGAUCACUGUGAGGCCCGGGCCCGGACUCGUGGUACCAGUUACCAGUAG